ACGCGGCAUUCUACGAAAUGUGGUUUGCGGCUUAUUUACUAACAACAUGGCUUUCUAUGAUCGAAGCGUCGCGCGCUCACUACAGCAACAUUUCCCACGAGUUCACGACUCCAGUGGAUGAAAUUGGUCCUAUGCUACAUGACGAGGGCAUGCAAACGUCUACCGUUAUAGCCGGUCUCAUGCCAGAUUCAUUUGGUGAAAUGUUCAACUUCCUAGACGGAGACAGUUUCGGAAUUGGUCCAAUGCACGAGUUUGUAUACGGAUGGCAGGCAAUUGUAAACACAAUGAGUAUGAAGAAUAACGUCGAAGUACGUAAACGCGCUGGUUUACAACGUUUUGCUUUAGCGGGGAUAAACGGCAUAACUCUGAUAUCACAUAUUGGUGUAACGGAAAUCAUGAUCAAUGGAACCCGGACUUAUUGUUUUGGAGGCGUCUCUCGACCGCCUGGAAGAAGAAGUGUAAUUUGCAAGGGAGCUAUGUAUCAGGAGGGACGGUUCACAUGUAAAGUGCCCUAUCUACGGUACCCAACUGUUUUGGGAUACAAAUAUUGCAUUGACUGGUACGCUGCUGUUGUUUCCACUAACGACACCUACAAAACCACAUAUUGCGCUCGUGGAGAAUCGGUUCCUAAAUUUCAUUACGACUAUAUCUGCGAAAGAAGAGACGUUAAAAUAAAACGAGUCAAUUUAACUGAUCCUAAUGAGAGAUUCAAUAUACGUAACCCCGUAGUGCGACGGGCUGAGUAUUAUCGCGCUCCGUAUGACAUAUUGAAGGCAUGUCCGGAUUGGUAUGGAUGUAAUCUUCGUAUAGCCCCGGAAACAUUACAUCAGCCCUUGCCGACUGGCCUAUUGGACGCUAACGAAACAGCUUUCGUUGGACAUGGAGGGAAAUACUGGCUCGCUCUUUAUUAUACACAGCUCUCGACGUACGCGGUUUAUUUCCAAGCUCAUGGUGAAUAUCCUUGGCAGUCCAGCAGACCGGUUGUGUCUAUUGAUAAGGGAGGUAUUUGGGAACAGCUACUCAAAGCGAACAUUGGUCCCGAUAUGAACCUGCAUUAUAAUUUGAAUGGUAUCUACAACAGGUACCCUGGAGGUGUCGUUAUGCCUGAUCUUAUGAGGAACGAUGGUCAGGUUCAACCAGCUAACUUUAGAACGGAAACUCGAGAUACUGCUCCAGAAGAUGUUAUUGUGGGUAACGCUCACCUCUCAGCCGAAGGUCCAGGUGCUGAGCCAAAUGCUGGAGAAUAUAAGUUUAUUCACGACUCGCAAAUUCAGCCAAGGUUCGAACAUGGGAAGAAUUUAUAACAUAAUUGGUAAUACA